GUUAAAGCAUAUAUCCUGCUAGAUCAGUCCUCGUUUUCCCACUUUCUGAAAAUGUGCAAGGAUCUGGGAGUUGACCUUGAAAAGGAAAAGUUGAUGAGAAUUCGCAAUAUCACUGGGAACACAUACUACACGAGGUCGGGUGCCAAAAUCAUUGGAAAAGUCCGUGAAAAGUUCAUGUUAAUCGAUGGCAUUAGAGUGACAACAGGCUCCUACAGUUUUACAUGGACAGAUGGGAAGCUGAACAGCAGCAACAUUUUGAUCCUGUCAGGCCCUGCAGUUGCACACUUUGACCUGGAAUUUAGGACUCUUUAUGCGCGGUCAAAGCCCAUCAACCUCAAAGAGUUAUCCAGCUGCAAGAAGAGUAAGGUGUUGGACCAGCUGGUCAGGAUAACAGUGUCUUCCAGAGACUUGACCAGGGAGAACUUCCUGGGAAUGGAGUUUCUGUAUCUUCGAGCAUUUGUAGGAAAUCUAAAAAGGAAGCGAAGCUGGCUGCAUGCCUCAAGGGAGGCAGUCUACGUGUCAAAUAAUGUGAUGCAUGUCUCUCCUCCGCUGACUAAAAGGAAUGGCUCUCUAGUUAUGAGGCCACACUGGAUCAUAGAGAGAUGAAUUGCACGUUCACUCAGAGUGAAAAGCAGAACCUCAGGAACCACAUCCAGCUGUUCAUGCCCAGUGCUGUCUUACAGCAUGUUUGUGAGAGCAGCUUGGAAACAAACCUCAAACUGAGAGA